AUGCCUUAUACAAGCAAUCAUAACGAAUUCGACGAGAAGGGUUCUCCCACUCUGACUCACGCCCCAACUGUCUCGGACGGUGAACUAGACAAGUAUACAGAGAAAUACCCCCCGGAGCGAUCACAACACCUACAGGUUCCUGCUGAACCAGGGAGGAUGUCGGUGGAUCAUGCGCACCUCUCAGGUACUGAAUCUAGAGACCAAGCUGCUCGAUUAGUUGACGACCUCACGCUACUUCAGGCGGAACAGGCCGUUAGCCAUCGAGAAUCGAAUGAACUUCGCCGUGCUCACUCCAAAUCUCGCACACAUGAACCCGAGGGGGAGGACGUGUUCAACCAACCCGCCCAAACUCCUAAUAUACCGCUGGAGAAUCCUAACCACCUAAAUAAAGUUUUCAAGGAAAUUAAGGGUCUACCUCGCAUACUUCGAUAUUUCUUGUACAGCUUACCCAAUGCAAUUAUUUUACUAAUCCCUGUAUUGCUUGGGAGGUUUACACCAAAGGACCAACAGACUGUCAUUGGAGGGCCGGGGGGUGAGGACCUAAUGUGGUUUGGCAUCUGGCUUGAGGUUGUUUGGCUCUCCCUGUGGGCGGCUAGAAUAGCCACCUGCAUUCUGCCGGUUAUCGUGGGCAUCGUUGCUAAGAUCUUGGGCUCCGGUAAUUCUAAGAAAUGGAAGGAGAUAGCCCGUCAGCUCGAGUUGCAUACUGCGCUGUUCCUUUGGAUGCUUGCUGUGUUGAUCUCGCAUUACCCGAUCCUCAACAACCACAAGGUUAAGGCCAAGGUGCCCGAAGAGGCCGACACGGAAUACCCAUUUAUAAACUGGAUUGAUGUUGUCUACAAGGUUAUCGUGGCAUUUUUUGUUAUGGCCAUCUUGAACUGGGUUGAGAAGAUUUUGAUCCAAUGGAUUGCGGAAUCUUUCCAUUUGCGAACAUAUUCGUCACGUAUUGAGACAAACAAGCAAUGUGUUGCAUACUUAGUUCAUCUCUACGAGCAUUCUAAGGAUAAGUUAGUCCCGGAGUCAUCAGUUAUGGAUAAUCAAGGACCUGGCUCUGGCACAAGGACUCCCAUGGCUAUGUUUUCAGACAACGCUCGAGAUACUAUGGCAAAGGUCGGCGACAUUGCCAACCGUGUGGCGGGUGAUUUCACCGGACGUGAAGUUAAGCUCAGAAACCACCCGCGGAAAGUCGUGUCCGAACUGCUCCGUAACAGCAAUUCCGCCCAAGUCCUCGCUAGACGUCUUUUCCGCACGUUCGCUAAGCCUGGUGCCGAUGUCUUAACACCGUUUGACUUGAACCCGGCUUUUCCUUCUAUCGACGACGCAGAGGCUGCCUUCAGUGUGUUUGAUCGCGAUUUGAAUGGGGAUGUCUCAAUGGACGAGCUUGAAGCGUUCUGCGACGAGGUUCAUCGGGAGAAGAAAGCUAUUGCAGCUUCGCUCAAGGACUUGGAUUCUGUUAUCACAAAACUGGACAGGGUCUUCUUUUUCAUUAUCCUCAUCAUUUCAAUCAUUGUAUUCAUCUCGAUCAUCUCUUCUUCUACAGCAGCGGCUCUGGCCUCUGCGGGCACUGCCGUUCUAGGUCUCGCGUGGGUACUUCAAGCUACUGCCCAGGAGUUCCUGCAGUCAAUCAUUUUCGUUUUCGUCAAGCACCCGUUUGACGUUGGCGACCGAGUCACCAUCUACGGCAAUACUGGAUCCUUGAUGAGAGGCGAUGACUACUAUGUGACUGAAAUAUCGCUGCUCUACACUGAAUUCAAGAAAAUGCAAGGUCAUAUCGUUCAGGCGCCCAAUUCCGUUCUUAACACAGUAUUCAUUCUUAACCACCGACGCAGUGGUACUUUAGCCGACGUGUUCGAACUUCGAAUGAGAUAUGGUACCCCGUCUAGCGUCAUAUUAGAGCUCGAGGCUCGAAUGACGGAGUACGUAAUGGACAACAAGCGCGAUUUCACUAGCAAGAUCCUUACGGAGCUUGUAAGUUUCGAAGAUGCGUACUGCAUGACGGUCAACUUUAUCUGUUUCCACAAGACGAGCUUCCAAAACGAACUGACCCGUCUCAUCCGGCACAACAAGUUUGCUAUCGAGCUGAUGAACCAGAUGGUGGCGCUCGGUAUCGAACAGCCUCGUCGGCAGUACCAAAUUUCUGGACAAGACUGGCCCGUCUUCCAAUCGAACAUUCAGCCCCCGUCGUAUGAAGAGCGUGCGCCUUCAGUAAAUCCUGCAAUCCUGACCGCUACCCGUCGACGUGCCAACUCACAUACUCAGGAUACUACAGGUGACAUCUUCCAAGACGUCUUCGUGGCCCGUAGGCCGAGUAAUGCGGGUAUCCACCAUCCUCCACGCAUCAACGAGGAGCCUGCCGAAUCCAGCGGCUCCAUGAACGGCAGCAGAGAGCAGCUGGAAAGGCUGCCUUCUAACGGAACCGGCACCGGCCGCAGCAGCAGCCAUCGGAAUAUGUUCGGGCGAUCGAUGACGAGGAGGAGCGUCGACCGCCCCGAACGAGAUAGGGAUAUGGUGUGA